UCAAAGACAUAGCCAAGUUUAACCAUUGGAACAAUCAACUCGCCUAAAUUCCUAAUCAGAUCCUAAUUUCCCAAUUGUUUAAACCCUAACUCCUAAAUCAGACCUUGACACACUGAAAAUCGACCUAUCUACUCCAAAAAUCAGCACUCCGGCGGCAUCCGGCAGAAGGUUUGCUCCAACGUACGCUGUCUUGCAAUCCGCGGCACAACUGACCUUCAUCCUCUGUUAUGAUGAAUAGAGCAAUGCCAGAGCAGGUGGUGAUUUUUUCUGAGGAUUCUUCCCCUGAUGCAGAUGAUGAUGUUCAAGAGUGCAAGCAGCCAAAUGCAGAUUAUACAAUGGACCAACCUUCCCAGAAAUUAACAUCUGAUGGAAUGCAAAUGGCUCGUGUACACAUUUGUGCACUUACUGGAAUGCAUAUGAAAUUGCAAGCAUGGGCAUCACAUUUUUCAGACGUGGGCUGCAUUUGGGUUGUAUUUUGUGUACAGAACUUGUAUCUAUGUAAAGAUAUUUCCAUCCGAGACCUUAUAGAGAUUCAUCUGUCUGUGGUAGCUCCAUUUAAUGUUAUAGAAACUAACAUGCAUCAAGAGUUCUCUUUCUUCUUUUGCUAUUGUCAAAUAAAGUGGGCGGUUUCUUUGUUUCCAGGGGAGGGGCUGGAGAUUUUCUGAUCCCUUGGCAUUGCAGCACGAACAUGAUCCCUGUCGAACAAAUUAUGUUAUUUAUAGUCAAUGGCAGUGGUUAUAUGUUAGUUGAACAACCCCCCCCAACCCACACGCACAAAAAAGAAAAAGGAGAAAAAAGGAAUAAAAGAAAUCCACGUUAAAAUGACAGGUUUACCUUUUUUCAGUUUUAAUGUGUGUUGGAGGGCUGUAUCUAUGUAUUUAGAUGCUAGACGACAUCGUCCUCCAAAACUGUGUCGCAAGUCAGUUAAGAUUGGACUUGUUUUGUCAAUGUCAGCAUUAUUAUUGCUUCAAAUAUUUACCGUUGUGACUGCUGAAGGCAAAAGCAUCAAUUGAUGUUGUGAUCUUUAAGCUUCCUGCAUGUUUACCUGUCUUUCAUGAAAUACAAGAUCACAGUUUAUUGUGUUCUAAUUCAUCGAAAUACAUAAACUGUACUUUGCUAUGUAGAUUUGCUGCUCAGAAGAGCAGAAGUGUACCAAGAAUACAUGAACCUGAUCCCUGUCCCAACUCUGCGAGGCUCCCUUAUUCCCUUUACCUCGUGGAUAGGACUGGGCCGAUCCAUGAAGCAGCUAUAUGGACAACCUCUACACUACCUCACCAAUAUUAGCUUAAAACAAUGGGAUCAGUCCAGGAUUGGAGCCAAAAACGAACAAAUUCCAUUGGAUACCUUAAUCCAUCCUUGUAAGGCCGAAGCCAGCAUCUGGCUCAUGGAAGAGUUUAACCGACUUACAACAUCUCAUCAUCAUCUUGCUAAACUCUGGCUAGCUGAUCCCAUGCAUCAUGCUUUGAUCG